GAGUUCUUGGAAGCUCGAUGCUGACCAGUAACCGGCGAUAAUUGGAGUGAAGGGAGCGAAGGGAGCGUACACACCGUCAAUGUCAAAAAAACCAAACCUUCGGUCUCGCUUCGAGUUUUCGCUGUUGCUGGUCUGCAGUCGCAAGCUCUCGUUAAGGAUGCCUUGAGCGCACGUUUAACACAGACCUUGUUCGGAAGCUGGCUGGUGUUCACGUGUCGGCUAAAAUUGUGGGUGCUUGUGGCAAAAUGUCGAGAAAGAAUUGAAAUGAAGGAUUCCUGUCGUACGAUUUAUUUUCUCACCUUCUUCCAUGUAUAAUCGCAUAGACGCUCCGACGAAGUGCUGCGACCCAGUCACGGAUUAUUCUCGUUGGAGGCUGCUCGUCAGUGAGGGCGGUAGACAUACAUGGCAUUAUUUGAAGUCGGACGAGGAGUGCAAAAAAUGGCCUCAGACAACGGUCGACAAAUUUUGGCUUGGUUUACCUGCGGACCUACCUGCUUUACCGCCCGCCAAGAAUGCAUGGGAAGCUGCGCAAAACGGAUUCAAGUUUUACAAAUAUUUGCAAGCUCACGAUGGACAUUGGCCCGGAGAGUACGGUGGGCCUAUGUUCCUCAUACCGGGCCUUGUCAUUGGCUCUUAUGUCUCUGGAAUGUCGUUCAAGGAUGAACAAAGGAGGGAGAUGAUUCGAUACGUGAUGAACCGAGCCCAUCCAGAGGACGGAGGGUGGGGAAUUCACGUUGAAGGCCAUUCGACCGUUUUCGGAACAGCUCUAAACUAUACAGCCCUCCGUUUACUAGGAGUUUCUGCUGAUCAUCCAACAUGUACGAAUGCCCGAGGAAUCCUUUACAAACUCGGCGGUGCAUGCGCUAUUCCCUCCUGGGGCAAGUUCUGGCUCUCCCUUCUCAACGUAUACGACUGGGAAGGCAACAACCCCGUUCCCCCCGAACUCUGGCUUCUUCCCGAAUGGCUUCCAAUGCAUCCACAUCGUUGGUGGACUCAUACCCGGAACGUUUAUAUACCCAUGGGCUACCUAUAUGGUGUUCGUUUCAAGGCACCCGAAGACGAGCUCAUCCUCGCUCUUAGAGAGGAAUUAUAUCCCCAAAAUUAUUACUCCAUAGAUUGGCCCGCUCAAAGGAACAACAUUUCCCCAGCAGACUUGUAUUCGCCCCAUUCCACAGUCUUCGAGCUUUUGGAAACCAUUCUAGGCUAUUACGAACUCUGCACUCUCCCGCCCCUUCGCCGGGUAGCUGUUGAGCGGGCUUACGAACUCGUUGUGAUGGAAGAUGAAAACACUGGCUAUCAGACUAUUGGACCGGUCUCAAAAAUGUUCAACCUCGUCGCUCGCGUACAUAGGGAAGGCCUUGAAAGCGAGGCAGCGAAGAGACACGAAGCGAAGCGCGCUGAUUUCAUGUGGAUGUGUAGGGACGGUAUGAUGAUGACUGGAACCAAUGGAAGUCAGGUUUGGGAUACGUCUUUUAUCACUCAGGCGUUGGUGGAGACGGGCUUAGCUGAUAUGGAAGAGCAUAAAGAAUCUCUUGUGAACGCUUUGGCGUGGCUGAGCCAAGCCCAGAUGUUGGAUAACCCGAAACAUUACACGACUGGUUACAGGCAUCGGACGAAGGGUGCGUGGGGUUUCAGUACGAAAGAGCAAGGGUACACGGUCACAGAUUGCACUGGGGAAGCUUUAAAAUCCGUUCUAUACCUACAGGGUCUCAGUCACAUACCCAAGCUUAUUUCUGAGGAUCGAAUAUGUUGGGCUGUUGACACGUUGUUAUCCCUUCAAAACGCCAAUGGAGCGUUCUCUGACUAUGAACCCGUUCGCGCCCCUCAUUGGAUCGAGUUGCUCAACCCUGCGGAAGUUUUUGGUGACAUCAUGACUGGAUACUACUACCCGGAAUGUACAACCUCUGUCAUUACUUGCUUGGCUAUCUUCCGAAAGCAUGUACCUCAUUAUCGUUCAAAAGAAGUCGACCGAACGAUCAACAAGGCUAUCGUUUACUUACAUUCCACCCAGAGACCCGAGGGUCCAUGGCUAGGCUCUUGGGGAAUCUGCUUUACUUAUGCGACGAUGUUCGCCCUAGAGAGUCUUUCCCUUGUCGGUGAAACCUACAGGAACAGUCCAUAUGCGAAGAGGGCCUGUGAUUAUCUUGUCAGAAUGCAGAGAGGGGAUGGGGGAUGGGGCGAGAGCUAUAAGGCAUGUGAGCGAGCGGAAUGGGUUGAACAUGACAAAACACAAGUUGUGCAGACGUGCUGGGCUGGUCUGGCUCUCAUGUAUGCUCAAUACCCUUAUUCUGAACCUUUGGAGAAAGCCGUCAAGUUGGUUAUGGAUCGACAACUUCCUGAUGGUUCAUGGGCACAAGAAGCCAUCGAAGGUGUAUUCAACAAGAAUUGUGCCAUUUCGUAUCCCAACUUCAAGUUCUCGUUCUCGAUAUGGAUGUUGGGCAAAGCACACUCAUACCUCAACAAGCUGAAAGCGAACGGGCAUAUUGAGGUAAUCACUGCAAACGGGAAAAUCAAUGGUGGUUUAAUGAAUGGCCAUGGCCACGGCGCUAAUGGGAACGGUGUAGCACUCAACUUAUAAUUAGCCAAAAGGCGAGCGCGGAAGGAAUCACGCAAGACGUGGGCAGCGACGACUCUUAACCCGGCACCCGGUGUGAAACCCUGAUUCAAUCUUUGCGACUCCAACUAAGUAGUUCCA